AUGUGUGUCUUAUCGACACCGGACGAUUUUGAAGCCGUCUCGGGUCAUAAAAGGAGCAUCGGCGACUCCGACAAUGCAACUUGGCUGCAAUCCUCCACGCCGACUGAGCCGGACAAACAGAUUUUCCCUAAAAAUGGGUCCUGGCGGAAAAUUAAAGUUCUUUUCUACUUUGUUGUUGAACUGACCAUUCUCGGCGGCUAUGGCCUCAAACGAGUCCAGGCAGAUCACGCGGAGCGUGGCCCUCAUAGGCGUCCAAAAACCGGGUUAAGCUGUGGCUAG